CUCCCCUAGCAGGUUAAAGGAAGAAAGAAGAGAAAUAGAGAAAAAGAAAGAAAAAGAAGAAAGAGAGAGAGAGAGAGAGAGAGAGAGAGAGAGAGAGAGAGCCGUGUUACAAGGAUUUUCACACACACACCCAGAGUGGUGAUGAUGUCUCGAGGGUUACGAAUACUGCUACUACUCAUCUUUGGGGAGAUUGCAGUAAUUCACGGUAUGAGCGGCGUGAUCAACUGCAUCGAAGCUCGUCAACGCUGCAGGAGUGACGGACAGUGCAGGGACGUGUUGGACAUGCUACACAAGAUCUGCGGCCCUGAGCUGGUGGCCUGCGCGACAGUCACCCCGGGGAAGUGCAAGACUCUUUUAAACACACUGGGGAAAAUACGAUUACCUGAAGAGCUGUACCUGCAGAGAGCCUCAUAUUGAUUUUAACUGCUACACUUUUAGAGAAAUGAUCUUUAACCAUCCUUGUUCCCUCGUGGAGACUGCAGAGGAGCACCAGACGUACAUGCAAACUUGUACUGACGCGGACGCAGACUGUAAAAGUAAUAGGGCUUGCUUCAAGAACUAUAUGGAAUUCAUUAAUUACUGCGGUUACAGUGGGAUUACCUGCACGUCUCAGCAAAGCGACAAGUGCAAUGAGAGCUGGAAGCGGAUACGGGCCACACCUCGCUUUGGGUGUUACUGUCCUGUACAAGCAAGGUCUGUGGGUUAUUCAGGCCACUAUGACCCCAAGCUGGACACGAAGCAAGAGAAAUGCGUCAAUUUUUAUAACGACACUCAUGAAAAUCCCUGCCUGGCGAUUCCCUCCCCACCAGUUCUACCGAAGGAAGAUAUGAUAAGCCCCCUCUAUAGGCCUUUGGAUUUUUAUUACCGACCUCUUGACCUCUCUGCAAUACUGGGGCGCCCGAUACCAAACAGAGAUGACGUCAGGAACUUGAUACCAGUCCCGCCUUGGGGUUACUUGUUACUGGGACACCGAAGAUAUAAUUUGACCACGGGCCAGAAGAACGUGGACCGCGCCAAAAUGGUAGAAGUGUCCCAGGCCAUGUGUCACGUUGCCUUGGAGCACUGCAGUAAUGAUCCGGAAUGCUCCAGGGAACUCAACAACAUCAACACCUGGUGCGACCACUCCCAUUGUGAACCGGACAGGUGUAGGACCGCCCUGCAGGAGUUCUAUCAGCGUGUCAAGGUCGUCAGAAGGCUGCAAGUGGCAUUCUGUGUAUGUAGGCAAAGCGACCAUGAUGGGGAGUGCCUGAUGGCGAUGCGGAAACUUCACCCCACCUGCGCCGAAAAGCACAAACCAAAAGACCCAAUGCAGUGUCACAAAAUAGCUGAACAAUGUCGCCAAAACAGAGGUUGCAGCGCCAAACUGCAACAAUAUGAGCAAAACUGUGCAGCUGACGCCAUCACGGGCCGCUGCUCAGACACCCACCGCAGCUGUCAACAGGCUGUAAUGAACAUAUUAGGCACAGAACUUCAUGCUACCUGUGUCUGCAAAGGGACUGACUUUCUGCAUCAACACGACUGCUACACGUGGCAAAAGCUCCUCUGGUCGAACCCCUGCGUCAUCGAGUCUCACCUGAGGCUGCACGAGGAGAUAAACAGUGGAGGCGCAGAUGACUUAGAUGAAGAAUUCCGCCGCCUCACGCCCGCUCCACCCACCUCCACCCAGGCGCCCCACUUCGGCCCUACCCACGGCUAUGGCACGGUCGUCUACCACCAGAAGGGCCCCAGCCUAGGCCCGCAGACCCACGAACCAGUGGAACCCGAGACAACAUGGGGUGCUGGAAGGCGUGACGGGCUCCAGGUGGGGCAGACUAACCGUGGAUUUGAGCCCCGCGGUGGUCUCUCUGGUGGCUACGAGGUCUCCGUGUACAAGAACCGGGUUGGGGAGAGGCCUCAUUAUCCUGAAGGAGAGACGCACUUCGGGAGGGGUAGAGUCCCCACCAAUAUAUGGCUCCCACGUACAGGAGACCACCGUGGGAUCUAUAAUCAUGGUUACAGAGGCACUGGCAUUCCCAUCCCCUCGCAGGAGUCCCAUCACGAGGGCCCCAUCAUCGAGGACUGGGGGCGUGUCCUGGGGGGCGUCCGGGGAAGGUCCAGCCAGAUUUCAGUGAAGAGAGGGAAUUACACACAAGAGCACCCCCAUUUCCCCCCAACCGAGGACCUUACCCCCCCAGGACCCCCCUAACUUCAUGCCAGUGACUCCUACCCCGACCCCACACUCAGCCACACACGCUGCUGCCACGCCCUCCACCUCUACCACCAUCACGCCCACCACAUCACCUACUAGUGAGUACACGCUGGGCCCAGGAAUAUACCUGUUCUUGGGGUACAGCAGGGGGGAGGUGGAGAUCCUGGAACCCCACACGUCUACUAAUGAGCUGGAGGCCAUAAAGGUGCUGGAGUCAGUGCUAAUCCGUGAUUAUGGAU